AAAGGAAGAAAUUUAAGGAAUAUCUGUCUGUGGGAUCCUUUCUCCCCGCGAGAGACAAAACCCCAAUGUCUUACCACCCGCAUCUCUAUUCUCUUGCUCCCUUCAAUCCUUUCCACAUCUCCUCCAUUUCUCAUCUCUCUCUGUCGGCCGGCAACUAUGCGCCGGAAGAUCCGUACAACACUUCUCUCUAACUUCGUCUUCGUCGUCCUUUUUACUUCUUUCUCUUUCUAUCUCUCACGACGCGUUUUCUUUUACAGUGAAGAAGCACGUCCAUCGCUGGACGCCGUCAGAAAGCGGUUCAAUAAUGUUUACAUGAAUUUAGCAAUCGUCGAAGAUAAACGCAACCGCAAUCGUCGCGUCUAUUCUCUCAAUGAAUUUUCGCCAGAUGCGAUCCUAAUGCCAGACUGGGAGGUUCUCCUCGUCCUCUCGCCUCUGGUUAAUCAUUUGUCUUCGGAUACCAGAGACGAUUACUUCUGCCUUUUCCAAAAUAACGCGAAAACUCCGGCUAAGCCAGCCGGAUUGCUGCCGUUUCAUCACCUCAAGACGUUCAAGUGCAUUCUUCCAAACAGUGUCCGUCGCCUACGUCCGUUUUACCAGCCUAUCCUGACGAGAUCGCUGAAAUAUUGGCCAGGAAACGAUUCAGAAUCACCUGAAUUGCUUCGAUGGAACCUUAUUACAUACGAAUCCCUCUCGACGGAGGAUGACGUUAUAUUGUUCGUCAAAGGAGUUAACCAGCGUCAAGGCCGUAACCGAUCCCCUUCGGAGCUCCGGUGCGUGUUCGGCAACGACGUGACCAAUGGUGUCAGAACUGAAGUUACAAGCUCUUUUCAGGAGGUGUUCCGGUGUCGCCGCCCUUACGAGGGACCGCUUAUCCGUCUGUUUCCUAGAAGUGAAGAGAAAAUCAAGGUGACACUGGAAGUUGGAGAAGAGAAGGGAGUGGUGCCGUCGGUGGCGUAUUAUCAGUCGACCCCGCAAAUGCUUAUCGGGGAGGAGAAAUCACUAUUGUGCGCAUGUACAAUGGUGUACAACGUGGCCAAGUUCUUGAAAGAAUGGGUGAUUUAUCAUUCCAAGCUUGGGGUGGAGAAGUUCAUACUGUACGAUAACGGUAGCGACGACGGGUUGGAAGAUGUGGUGGAAGAAUUGGUCCAGGAACAAUACAACGUGAAAACUUUAUUUUGGCCUUGGUCCAAGACGCAGGAGGCCGGCUUCUCGCAUUGUGCAGUGUAUGCCAAAGAUUCUUGUACAUGGAUGAUGUAUGUGGAUGUGGAUGAAUUCGUCUAUUCUCCGUCUUGGCUUUCGUCGCCGUAUCCAUCGAACCAGAUGCUGAAGUCUCUUCUGCCAUCAACAUCAUCAUCGCCAUGGUCAUCGUCGGAGGUUUGGAUUGAUCAGUUAGAGUCGGAUCGUCGGGUUGGGGAAAUUAUGAUCAAGUGCUUGGAAUUUGGGCCUUCUAACCAAAGCUCCCACCCCAUCCAGGGAGUGACUCAAGGUUACACCUGUCGAACAAACGGAGAACAGCGGCACAAGUCGAUAGUGUUGUUAGAAGCAGUCGACGAGAGUUUACUCAAUGUAAUACAUCAUUUUCAGUUGAAGGAAGGGUACAGGGUGAAGGCAUUGACAAACGAACAAGGGGUGGUGAAUCACUACAAGUACCAAGCGUGGUCGGAAUUCAAGGCCAAGUUUCGCCGGAGAGUCUCGGCUUACGUCGUCGAUUGGAAGCAAGCAAUGAACCCCCAGUCCAAAGAUAGGACCCCGGGACUAGGGUUUGCAGCCAUCGAGCCGCAAGGGUGGGCUAACAAGUUCUGCGAGGUGAACGACAGUAGAUUGAAAAUGGCCACGGAGAGAUGGUUUGGCUUCAAUUCUUCAACUGGAUACAAGAUGAUUUGGCAAUAUUAGAUUAUUAGAGAGGGAGUAGUACAAGGCGUCAAGGGCUGGCCAAGGCGAGAUUCCUGAUUAUGGUUCGGAGUUGGACCGAUAUCGACACCCACUGGGUUCCGAUCCGGAUCAGCUCAAGAUAAUGAACGAACAUAGAAGGUGACAAAUCUAGCCUAGGAAUUUACUUCGUUUACAUUAAUUGACUUUGUGCAUACAUAGUGCACUAAUUUUAGAAUCAGAAAAUGUUCUUAGAGGUUCAAUCAAGAUAAUCUCUUUUCAUAUAAAAAGCGAUAAAUUACAGAAACAAAGUUUGCACAUUUAUAGUUUUUUAUA